GGAGGAGGGGAUGGGAGUGAUGAGCAAUAAAGAGCAGAGAGCAUGCAUGGCUUGAGAGUGGAAGAAGAGAGAAGCAGGAUUGUGUGGACUGCUGAUUGCAACAAGGAGGGGCAUACAGAGUGAGGGACAUGGGAGACUUUCAGCAAUGUGCCUGAGAGACAAGCUCUGACUGUGUGACGUGCCGUGGACUCGUUGAACCUGUGCGACAGCGUCUGUUGCUUUGAGCGGUGACUCGCCUUCUACGUGUUGUCAUGCUGAAUGCCUCAUGUGCUCUGAGGAUUUGGCCGACCUGGGAGACGGUAAGAGGGGCGUGAUGGCUGGAUUUGCCCUGGCUCCAUCGUACACCCCCAGAUAUCCACCAGAGAUUCUGUUGGCUUCUCCUGCUGAUCCACCUCAGUCCUCAUCAAUGUCCUUCCUGUGCGCCUUCCUGCUGCUGUGCUCUCUGAAUAGACGCUGCUGUCAACACACAUGUGAGGCUUGAGGAAUGCUAAUGAGUGCUCCGGAUCCCUUGCUCCACCAUGCUGCGCUGAGGUGACUCCUCCAUUUGGAGACUUUAUAUUUUCACUUUAUAGCUGCCACGGAGCCCAUGUUUGGUGAUGUACAUGAUGCGGGGCAGUUGUUUUUAUGAACAAAAUCUUUUUUUGAACAAGAAGAGCCAAGAGGACAAGCAACAUAUCAAAUGAAGGAUGCUACAAAUAAGGUCAAUCAAAGUCCAACAGAAAUUGGACAUCGCACACAAUAAUGAAGAUUUAUUAGCCUCAGUGGCUGCAUACGAUUGCAGCGGAUAUGUUCUAAUUGCGGGUUUUCCAGGAACAAAAGAGACGCUUGGGUUGCAGUGACGGUGUGCUAAAGCAAUGUCACUUGCAGAACAACAAUCAUAGGAACAAUAUGUUUGGGGAUGGAUGAAGCCAAUAGUCCCUCUGCUGAUGUAUCUUCCAAGGAGAAACUUGAUCUCCCUCUAUGUGAGUUUUUUGUCUCAAUUUUACUGACAGAUUCUUCCACAUCACUGGCAGUAGUUCUCGUCACGGUGUCUGCUUUUAUUCAUCUACUGUGUGUCUACUGAAGCCUGACCCCAUGAGUGGAGACGGCUCCCUACAGCAACGCACCACCUACCUCAUCUCCCUAACCUUGGUUAAGGUAGAGGCAGUGGAGGAGAAUGGAGGGGACACAGAGAGCAUCAUUGCAAAAAGGGAGGCCCCAACAGGAUUGGGGACCCAGUCAGGAGAUAGCGUGGGAGCAGAAGAAGCCAGGGUGAAGGGGGAGACUGAAACAGAGGGUGAUGCUGGAGCAUUUGGGGCCCAACAACUCGGGGAUGAGGGUUCUCUUUUUGUGAAAAGGGAAAAAUCAAUUGAAUUCCAGGAUAAAAGAAGAAGCCCCUUGAAAGACAAACCGUGCUGCACUGUUAAUGCACCAAGAACAAGCAGUGGUAAACCACAGUGUAAACUUUCUAUUCCCUUAGGGUCAGAGAAGGCCAUGACUCCGAAGUCACCAGGGACAGACUUAACUCAGGCAGAGAAGUCACUUUGUACCUCUGAGGCAAAACAAACCAAGUCUCCCUUGUUGACCACUAUACCCCAAACAGAGGUGGCAGAACCUGUUCGUACCCCCACUAGAACCAGCCUCCCUAUUCGCCCUGUUGGACAGCAGCCUGUGAGUCUGCUCAAGUCUCACAGCAGCGUGGCUACCCGUGGUCGCGACUCGAGGGAGAGUAGAGAGCGCAGCCCGACCUCAGCCCAGAGUCUAGAUCGCAAGGACUGCCGAAUGCCCACACGCUCACCAGGUCCCUGCAGGGCCUCGUGGGCCGAGACAAGCAGGACGGAAGUUUGGCGGGACCUACGAGACGAUGCGAAAGCUGAGAUGAAAAUGGACAUUGGAGGUGGAACAGCUGCUAUGUUGAGAGACAUGCCUCGGAAAGACAGAUUUAAAUCUGGUUCUACCUCCCUACCUGCACCAGCAACCCAGGUGACCAAACCACCACGCAAGGGUAAAAGCCGCACACUGGAUAACAGCGACCUGAACAGCCUCUCUGAAGACCUGGCGUUGACCAGGGAGGCCCAGCAGGGCCAACGAGGUGCCUCUAAAGACAGGAAGAUGCUGAAAUUCAUCAGUGGCAUUUUCACAAAGAGCAGUUCAGGGGUAGCUGGGUCAUCAUCUUCGGCUGCUCCUAUCUUUAUACAGAGAGACUCCAGUGAGGAGGAAGUAAACAUUGCCAACAGCCAGGAGUGGAGCCUGAGCAGAUCCAUCCCUGAACUGAGACUAGGCAUUCUGGGAAACCUUAAAAGCGGCAAGUCAGCCCUGGUGACCAAAUACAUCACAGGCAGUUAUGUUGCGCUUGAGAAGCCUGAUGGUGGCAGGUAUAAAAAGGAAGUGCUCGUGGAUGGACAGAGUUAUUUAUUACUGAUCCGAGAGGAAACUGGGCAACCUGAUGCACAGUUCAGCAGCUGGGUGGAUGCGGUGAUUCUGGUGUUCAGUCUGGAAAAUGAAGGUAGCUUUCAGGAGCUCUACCAGCUGUACAGCCAGCUGGACUCGCACCGCACUGUUGUCCCCAUCAUAGUCGUUGGCACUCAAGACAAAAUCAGCAGCACCAACCCACGCGUGAUUGAGGAUCAAAGAGCCCGACAGCUGUGUAUUGAUGUGCGUCACUCGCUCUUCUACGAGACCUGUGCCACCUAUGGCUUCAACAUUGAUCGAGUGUUCGCAGAGGCUGCCCAAAAAAUUGUAGCCCAAAAGAAGCAGGCUGCGCUCCAGGCUUGCAAGUCCCUUCCUAACUCACCCAGUCACUCUGGGGGUUCCACACCUGGAUCGGCCUCAUUCCCGGGCCAGGUCAGUAAUGGUCUGGGUGGCGGCUAUGCCUGCUCCCUCCCUUCUACCCCCGUGGUCAGUCACAGAGAGCUGAGGGGGGCUCAUGGGGAAGGAGGAGGCAGCUCACGCUCCCUCAAGAGCAUCCCCCGAAGACCCUCCCUCUUCAAGAACCGAGAUACUGAUAAAAGAGGCAAUGAUCCCAAAGGAGACUCAAGCAACAUGAGGGGUAUUCCAAUCAAACAGAGCAUUCUGUGGAAGAGAAGUGGAAGCUCUCUGAACAAGGAGUGGAAGAAGAAAUAUGUCACCCUGUCCAAAAAUGGCUCACUGUCCUACCACUCCAGCUCCAGUGACUACAUGCAGAACAUCCAUGGGAAGGAAAUCGACCUGCUGCGUGUGACGGUGAAGGUUCCUGGCAAACGUCCUCCAAGAGCAGUUGCACCUGCAGGCCCUUCACCUGUGCCCACUGGUUCUGGAGUCAAUGGGCUUGGUAGGGAGCUAACAGCUGCCGAAAACACCAGUACAGUCCCUCAGUUGUGUCCAUCCACCCUCUCUGUGGUUGAUGGUGGUUUAUCGCCUCAAGGAGGAGACCGAGGCCUUCAGCACUGCUCCUCGUCUUUGUCCGCAAAAGCGCAAAGUGUCGAUGCCCUAGAGGGGGCAUCCAGUCAGUUUUCUGGAAAAGACGCCAGCCAGUCUUCUCCUAUGGCAGACCGCAAGAAGAACAGGAGGAAGAAGAGCAUGAAUCAAAAAGCGGAUGCAGCUGUCGGGCAGGCUGAAGCCAAACGCAAAAUGUGGAAGUUAAAGAGCUUUGGUAGCUUGAGAAACAUUAAUAAGACAGAUGAAGAAAAUGCAGACUUUAUCAUUGUGUCGUUUACGGGCCAGACAUGGCACUUCGAAGCUCAGAGUCUGGAGGACAGGGACUCUUGGGUAUCGGCUAUUGAGAGUCAGAUUUUGGCGAGCCUGCAGUCCUGUGAGAGCGGCAGAAAUAAGGCACGACGGAGCAGCCAAAGCGAGGCUGUGGCACUGCAGGGCAUCCGUAACACCAAAGGCAACAAUCUGUGUGUGGACUGUGAAGCUCAAAACCCCACCUGGGCCAGCCUCAACCUGGGUGCACUGAUAUGUAUCGAGUGCUCGGGUAUCCACAGAAACCUGGGCACUCACCUGUCUCGAGUACGCUCACUGGACCUGGACGACUGGCCCGGAGAGCUCACGCAAGUCCUGUCUGCCAUCGGAAACCACAUGGCCAACAGCAUCUGGGAGGGUCGCACUCAGGGGCGGGUCAAGCCCUCACCCAAUGCGUCACGGGAAGAGAGAGAGUCCUGGAUUCGUGCCAAGUAUGAACAACGGGCGUUUGUGACAGCUCUAAAACCAGGGCCAGGGAUCCCGACGACAGACGACGGCAUGCCUGCACGGCUGCUGUCCGCUGUGACCGAGAGGGACCUGCCCAGGCUCCUGCUCCUGCUCGCCCACAGCACCAAGGAGCUAAUCAACGCUCAGCCCGCCUCAUCUGGCACGGCCCUGCACUCAGCCUGUCAGCUGGGUGACGCAGUGAUGACCCAACUGCUCAUCUGGUACGGAAUCGACGUGAAAGCGAGGGACACCCAGGGCCAGACGGCCAUAAUGCUGGCCAGAAAAAGCGGCAGUAAAGGCUGCAUUGAUAUUUUACUCCAACAUGGCUGCUCUGAGACCUCUCCUGCCACUGCCACACCGGUGCUCUCCCGCCGUUCCAGCACCGACAGCUUGGGCCGUACCAACUCAAGGAAGCCCGUGUCGUAGCCUGGGACAAAGACACCUAUUUACAUCACGGUGAUGAAGUAGUUCCAAAAGCUUCCAAAGGAGGCACCUUUUGGAGUGGGCUGUAGGAGAAAAUGGUUAAACAAUAAAUUGACUAUAAAAUGUGUUUCAAGAAGACUAAGCAACAUAUCAAAGCACUUAAAGCAAUAUUCAUUCCAUUCGUUGAUGGCAUAUAUUGCUGAAAUAUUGUGUAGUCGUUGACCUCAUUCCCAAACGACUUAAGUAGAAUCUUUGUAGCCGUUGAUCUGCUUGUGUUUGACUUCCUCCAGAACAAGUGCAAUAAAACGGCGGGCUGUGUGAGAGAGCGAAAUUAGCCAACCGAGACUUCUGUUGGCAUUUGUUGAAAUCCGACCAACUUGACAAAUAAGUCACAGAGCUACAACAAGUCUUCUUGUGUGUGCCUGUUGCCUCACUUCAAAGGUCUGUUUUUGUUCCAAGAGUCAGCCAGCAAAAGUCAUUGUCACAAGGCGAGAAGAUGGCAAAGUUUGGAACAUGAAAUAUUAUGUCGAUGCUGGUUUCUCUUACAUGGCGCGUUAAUAUCCUGUAAAUGAACCGAUAUAAUCAACUCUGUAACCAAGACACAGUGAAAAAAAAAAUCAGUUUUGUAAAUGAUUUCUUAAAAGGCUGUUUAAAAAAAAUUGCCUUUUAAGUUUGUUUUUUCAUUGUCUUUUUAUCAUUUUCUUAUUCUCCAACAUGUCAUGAUAACACAUGUUGAUUACAUAACAGAUGCUGUUAUGUAAUCAACUGUGUCAGUUUGUCCUUUGGGAUAACCAAAAUGACUGAAGAUGAGGAAACUAUAUUUCAUGAUUGAUAUCCUAUUACUGUUGUGUAAAGGUCUGUUCCAUGAGUUUACUGUGAUGAAUGAAGAAUUGUUAUUUCGGACACUUUAUGGGUUGUGAGAUCCUUCGUGAGCUUCAACAAAUGGUUAACAGUAUUAAAUAAACUUUUUUUUUUUAAAUUAA